AUGUCCGUCCCUCCUUCGUUCAUUCCUCUAAACGUUCCUCCACUCCCUCCUCCAUGGACGCAACACCUCUCUCCAACUGGUCAACUCUACUAUCAUAAUCCCAAUACGAAAGAAUCAACGUAUAUCAGACCUCUUCCGACAUAUCUGCAAACAGGCCAACCCGCCCCAGAACCUCAGAAAAAGAAGGACAAACCUGUUUCUAAAAUUCAGAUACCGGGAACGGAUUGGCUUCGUGUAAGAACUACCGAAGGUCGCAUUUUCUAUACGCAUAAAACAAAGAAGGAAAGCGUAUGGACUGUACCAGAAGAAAUAAAGGACGCCUUGGCUCAAUUCGAGAAGGAGGAGAACGAAAAGACAGAGCAGCUGGCGAGUGCACAGGGGCAGUCGGCCCAGAAGGCAAAUGCUGAAGAGAUGAAAGAAGUCGAACGCGUGAAAAGCCAACUGCAAGAGAUUGUGAAGAGAAAGGCGGAAGGCGCACCUUUGGAGGAAAAGAUGGCCAAAAAGGCUAAAGCUAAAGCGACUCCAGAUGAGGAGGAGGAAGAGAGCGACGAUGAGGAGGAAGAAGAGGAAGAGGAGGAAUGGCAGCGCGAAGCAGUUGCUCAACUAGCAGCUGAGGCUGAGGCAGUCAAACGAGCCGAAGAAGAGGCCAAGUGUCAACAAGAGGAGGCUCGAAGAAAAGAGAGGGAGGAGCAAAUCAAGAAAGCAAAAGAAUUACGGGAAUAUGCCUCUCAAUACUCCCCAGAAGAAGCCAGGGCUAUAUUUAAGACGCUCUUGCGAGAGAACGAUAUCAAUCCAUUGCAUCCUUGGGAUACCACACUACCUCUCUUUGUAAAUGACCGGCGAUAUUCCGUUCUAUCUUCGGUCACGGCUCGCAAAGAGGCUUUUGACGAGUAUUGCAGAGAACGUGCCCGAGAAUUACGCCAAGCAAGUGUGAAGAAGGAGAAGGGGGCCACAACUCAAGAGAAUUUUGAGAGUCUGUUGGAAGCCGAGGUGAAGAGUACCCGAACAAGUUGGACUGAUUUUCGUAGAGCCUGGAAGAAGGACAGACGAUUUUACGGUUGGGGAAGAGACGAUCGGGAGCGUGAAAAGCGAUUUAGAGAGCGUGUCAAGGAGUUGGGACAAAAGAAAAAAGCUGCGGCUGAGAAAGCUGAAGCUGAGUUUAUCGAGCUAUUGAAGGAGAAGGCGGUGAUUCCCGAAGGAGCUGUCUGGAAGGAGGUUAAAAAGGAUCUCGUUUCAGACCCGCGUUAUGAUGCUGUUGGUUCUUCAACGUUGCGCGAGGAAUUGUUCAACAGUUUUGUCAAGGCAAAAAGUGGGCCCCCCAAGACAUCCACAGCUGAAAACGAAAGUGAGGUUAACGUUGACCAAAGCGCCAUAAAAGAGGAUAAAAGGGAAAGAAAGAGGCGUGCCCUUCAGGAACGCGAAGCUCAUGUUCGUGCCGAACGCAACUACCUUGAAGCUAGUAUAGGUCGAUCCAAGAUGGAUCUCCAUAAGGAAGAGGGAGAAAGAGAUUUCAACUCUCUCUUGACGGACGCUAUUCGCGAUCCACAGACGUCUUGGGAUGGCGUCUUGCCACAACUUCAGACCGAUCCUCGCUUUAGUCGGUCGUCCCUACCUCUCAACCAACAACUUCACCUCUUUCAUGCGCACGUCGCACAUCUGCACUCCAAACAUCUGGAUAAUUUGCGUGCUCUCUUUGAAUCCUUGGCCCCCAGCCUAGUCACUGAAUUCAAGGAGCUUCCUUUGGAGACGUUGCUCAACUCACUGCCAGUAGUUAAACUCGGACUUGACAUUGAUGCUCUCAAUCACGAAUUCGAUCGAUGGCAAAGAGAACAGAAACAAAAGGCAAGAUUAGCUUUCGACGAAAUGAUGAAAGAGAACUCCUUCGUUUCCUUCUGGGGGAAGCUGGGUAAGAUUGGAGGUGAAGGCGUUGAUGGAGGCGUCAAGCGGGACGAAGAUGGAGAACAUGACGAGGGUGAGGGUGGAGGCGGUAAGAUCGAUAUGAAAGCGUUGGCUAAAAGCAUCGACGUCGGAGAGAUUGAAAAGGUCUUGAAGAACGAUAAACGAUAUGUCAUGUUUGAUCAUAUUCCCGACGAGAGGGAGAAUUGGAUACGGCAUCAUCUGUCGACGCUCUCAGCACCAGAUCUGUCUGUUCAUGUACCAGCCCGAUAA